AUGAUCCAGAAGGUUCCAUGUGCAGGGAAAAGAGACCCCCUCCUUUUGAGUCCCCCAGUUCACAUUGCCAUGGAACUUUUCUCUAGCCGUUUAACUCCGUUUCAAACUGGUCAAGGAAGGGAACCGCUGCGCUCGUCGCUGGCGGAGAGCCUCUCGCGCAUCCUUCCCGGUUUCUGUGACUUUGUCAUCUCCCGGGUAGAGCCGCAGGGCUUAGGUACCACUCACCGAACGCGGUUUCCUCUCCUCCUGCAGAAAGAGUUCAGAGAGCGCUGCGCUCAGUGUGCUGCUGUCUCGUGGGGUCUUACUGAUGAAGGCAAAUAUUACUGUACUUCUUGCCACAAUGUUACGGAAAGAUCCAAGGAAGUUUUAAACACUGAGGCUAUUCCUAAUACUAAAAUACAAGCCAUCAACCGGGGACUUAAAAGAAAAAAAAAACUUGAGAAAGGCUGGGAUUGGUACGUGUGUGAAGGUUUCCAGCACAUCCUUUAUCAACAAGCAGAAGCCUUGAAGACCCUGGGCGUCGGCCCAGAAUUAAAGAAUCGGGUUUUACAUAACCUCUGGAAGCGCUACCUUCAGAAGAGCAAGCAGGCAUAUUGUGAAAAUCCGGCUUACACCAGUAGGAGGAAAGCUGCGGUAAAUCACAAUCCGAGAAGUGGGGAAGAAAGAUACACCAGUGAGGUGUUGAGAUGGAGACAGGCUCAGCCUCAUCUGGGUCCUGGGAGAUAAUCCAAGUCACUCAGAGUGGGAGAGUGAGCCUGAGCUGCUGAGUGACUUCAGUGUCCCUUCCUGCGUUGAAAG